CUCUUCUCUCCCGUUUCCAGCGUGUCGGUCGACUUCUGAUCCUGCCAGGUCUCUGCCGCAGACGCGUUUGCUUGCACCCCGCACUGAGAGCCUGUUCGUCCUGGGGGGCGUGUAGGUGGACGACGUAUACGAGCUGAAGAGACGAGGUUACAACGGCGCAGAAGAAAGCGCGUCCGCGGUUGUUUUUCUCGACUUGCGAAGGCUUCUUUCUUCACCACAGACUCGCCUUCAUUUCUCCUUCCUUCCUGCGCGCCUCCGUCGGCUCAACGCAAGCAGCCACUGCUUCACCUUUUUUCUGCCCUUCUUGAGAGCGCGCCGCACACACGCGUUUUUUCUUCGCGAUCGGGGACGCGGUACAGUUCCGUCUUCUUUGCAUCUCGUUCCUCCUCUGCGCGUCUCCUUUUCCUCAUCUCCAGUGUCUCUUGGCGUCGUCCCUUUUCUCACGGUUCGCGUUUCCUCUCUUGCCUCUUUUUUUUCGCCGUGUCCAAGCGCGCGCAGUGCACCGACUUGCCGCGACUCUUCGCCGUCGGUGCCUCUGUGUGUCGCGCCUUCGCCUCGCUUUCCAGACUCUUUCCGUUGUGUGCGUCUCUUCUCUCCACGCUUUCCUCGUCCUCUCCUCUCUUCUGGACCUGCCGCAUUCGCCAGGGCCGUCUGUCUCUCCUUCGCCUCGCACUCUCGGCCGCCGCGCCUCCCUGUCUCCGCCUUCCUCCUCCAUCUUCCUCGCCGCGUCCAGUGCAUGCAAAAUGGCGGUCAUCGGCAUCGACCUCGGAAGCCUGAACAGCGUCAUGGCGACGGUCCAGCGCGGGACUGUCUCCGUCGUGACGACUGAACUCUCUGACCGCGUCACACCUUCUCUUGUCGGAUUUACAGAGGACCGCAGACUGAUGGGUGACCAUGCCCUUGCGCAGAUGAAGAGCAACGCAAAGAAUACCUGCCGAUACUUCAAGAACAUCUUGGGCGAGGUGUUUGACGCCUCCAACUCGCACUUGAAGAAGGAAAUGGAGCUUUCCUUGAACAACAUGGCUGCAGUCUCUCCGAAUAACGUCAUGGGCUAUCGCGUCCAGUAUCGCGGGAAGGAGGUCGAGUUUUCUGCGGAGAGAGUCGCGGCUGCGUUUCUAACCAAGUUGCGCCAAGUGGCUGAGAGCAGCUUGCAGAAGCCGGUCAGCGAGGUAGUCAUCGCCUGUCCGCCCUGGUGCCGCGACGCGAAUCGCUCGGCGCUUCUCGACGCCGCGCAAAUCGCAGGCCUCAAGUGUCUGCGCAUCAUCUCCGACAUGGCCGCAACUUGUCUGGACUACGGCAUGUACAGACGCCAGCACUUUGCUGCGGACCGUCCACACAUCGUAGCCUUCGUCGGCGUUGGACAUUCGUCGACGUCUGCAUGCAUCGCGGCUUUCUGGGCGGACCGCCUGCGCAUCCUCGCGGAAGUAUCGGACUGCGAGUUGGGAGGUCGCGACAUGGACUACGAAAUCAUGAAGCACUUUGCCUCUGCGUUUGAAAAGAAGACGAAAAUGAAUCCUCUCUCGAGCCUCAAAGCGCGCCUGAAGUUGGAGGACCAGGCGAACAAGGCGAAGAAGAUUCUGUCGGCCAACUCCGAAACUUCUUUCCACGUCGAGUGUUUGAUGGAAGAUGAAGACUGCUCUGGACUCCUCACCCGUGAAGUGUUCGAAGAACUGUGCAGCAAAACGCUGGUGCCCAGAAUGGAAACUCUUCUCCAGUCUCUCCUCACCAAGAGCGGCUUGAAGAAGGAAGACUUGUUCAGCGUGGAAAUCGUCGGUGGAGGCACACGAAUCCCUUGGGUGCAGAAAUGCAUUUCGAACGCUUUCGGUCUCGAACUCUCGCGAACUCUCGCUGCCGACGAGACCGUCGCAAGAGGCUGUGCCUUGCAGGCUGCCAUGGCGUCUGCGAGCUUCAAGGUUAAGGAGUACGGCUUCGGCGAGAGGACGUUGUUUCCGAUUUGCCUGACGUGGACAGACGGAGACAGUCCAGUGAAAGUACAGCCGCUGUCGGCUUCGGGGCAUCCGUUGGAGGCGGAGAGCGGUCUUGAGACCCUCCAGCACGAGACGCCCGCGGGAGAGCAGUGCAUCUUGAUCCCCGCAGGCAGCGACACAAACACAAUUCGAAAGAUCACUUUCCUCCGCAGCGGCCCGUUCACGCUCAAGGCGCAGUACGCCGACCUCCCGGCCGGAGCUCCUGAGGCGCAACUCGAUGCCUGUCAUGUAUCCCUGCCGCCGGCGGCGGAGCCCCAGGAGAUCCAGGUGUUCGUCCACUUGAAUUUUUUCGGUCUUCUUCGAUUCGCGCGGGUGUGCGUGAAGCAGCGACGAGAAGAAGAGAAGACCGUAGAGGCUCCCGAGGUCGCGCAGGGCGGCGAGGAGACAGCCGGAGCAGAGACGGCGCCUGAAGUGAGGAAACUGGUCAGAGUCGUGAAGGUCGAUGUGCCGUACCAAGUCCAGGAGGCGCCGGGCCGGCCGACGACUCUGCAGCUCCGAGACUUCCGUGAGGACGAACUGAACAUGGACAACGAGGACCGCCUGACACGGGAGAAGAUGGAUCGUCUGAACGAGUUGGAGUCGUACCUCUACGCGCUGCGCGACGACAUCUCCGGGAAGAUGCGAGACUUCGCGACGCCCGAGGAGCGAGCAGAAAUUGAGGCGCUUCUGGAGUCCUCGCAGCAGUGGGUAGACGACGCUCUGGUGGACAUUUCCACCGUCGCCAAGAGUGCGGUCGUCGCGAAACUCGAGGAACUCCAGGCUGUCGGAGGAAAAGUCUCGCGCCGGUUCGAAGAGUACUCCGGCAGACAAGAAGCCCAGCAACUGCUGCAUGCUGCAGUCUCGGAGAGCCGGGUGGCAGCGCAGAGCCAAGACGAGGCGUACGCCCAUAUCCCCGUCGAGGAGAAACGAAAGGUGAUGGACAUGGCAAACGAAACAGAAGCCUGGCUCUCAGAAAUGAUGGCGAAGCAGAGCGGCCUACCGCCUCACGUGGAUCCAAUCGUGACGGUUCUGGACAUGCACAACAAGCGCGAUGCUCUGUUGCGAUUCACCCAAAAGGUUUUCUCUGCGCCUCGUCCGAAGCCAGCGGCUCCGCCGGCCUCAGAGCAGCCUGCCCCUCAGGAGGACGUGAACAUGAACGAAGGCGAACAGGCCUUGCCCGAGGCUGAGAACGCGGCGCCCGUAGGCGAGCCUCAGCCUCAGCAGGCAGCCUGAAGGCGAGGAAACACUGGAGAGUAAACUUUCGGGAGAGACAGAGGGAAGACUCGCGAAUCUCGCAAGGCAACACAGUACCCAGGAUAUAGAAACUGUCUCCAGUUAUGAGGUACAACAAAAGGGAGGGACGAGAAUACCAGGGAGACCGUGAAGCUGAGCACCGACGAUGAGAAGCGGACGGACGGCUCUUCUCGUGCGUCUUCUGGGGCGCCGAGUGCGGGCGUCUCCGAGUGUUUGUACACCCCAAAAUAAUUUUUCGUUUUCGCGCAUCAUCAGACCCGCAACAUCUACUUUUUUCUCGUCUUGAUACUUCCUGCGAAUGAUGAAUCCUGUACAUGUGCUGCAUGUCUAUCUGUCUGCAUACAUGUGUAUUGAGAACUCCGUAUACACGCGUCCGAGACCGCCGUCUGGGGCGGCGCCGGGUGCCGUACGUACACCCGGAGUGGCCGUCCUUCUCGAACACAGUGUCUGUGUGAUGUGCAGCACAUCGGAAAUAAAGGACUGAGGAAAUGGC